GCAGGGGAGGAGGAGACAUCCAGAUUCCUGCUCUGAGUACAGAGCUGAAGCAGUGCGGGGAGGCGCUAACACUGGGAUGGUUUGGAAUCAGCUAUCUUUUUCUUUAGAGACCCUGACACAGGAACUCAGUAAAUCAAGAGCUUCUGACAAACCUGAUUGCUGUUCUGACCCACUUUUGAUUUGUGGACAUCGUACAGCUUUUCAUUCAAAGUGUGUGGCCUAUGCAACAUUAUUAUUUUUUUUUUAAAGCUUCUUGAUUUUGCACCUUCAGUUUCUGGGAGCUGCUGCAACACAACAGAAAAAAACCACCAACCUUGGAAACAAAAUUUGAUCUGCAAAGGUUGCCCUCACAUGUUUGACUGAUUAAUGGACAGGCCACUGGCUGCGGCUCUGACCCUCCUCCUUUGUGUGGCCGCUCAGAAAGCUGGAGGACAGAUGGCGCGAGCCGACGGAGAACGCAAGCAAUCGCCGCAUCCCUCGGCUCUCAAAGCCGGCCGCUGCUCCUACACCUUCAUUGUGCCGCAGCAAAAAAUCGCAGGAGCUCUGUGUUCGAACACGCAACCCCCGACGGCCAACCAAUCAGACGUGGCAGCUCUGCGGUCCGAGCUCCAACGGCAGCAGGAACAGCUGGAGAAGCUCCAGAGGCAGCUGGAUUACGAAGGGUCUCUCGCCACGGAGGUAAGAGCCCUGCGCGAAGACAGUGACGGCACGAAUUCCCGUGUUGCCCAACUUUAUGCCCAGCUGCUGCGCGAAGUCACCCACAAGAAAGAGCAGGCUCUGGAGAACCAACGGUUGGAGGGCCUCCUCCUGAACGCUACGACACAGGCUUUGCAGGUGACCAGUAGUUACAGGGAUCUGGAGAAGAAAUAUGGAGAGCUCACCUCCAUGAUGAGCUCCCAGAACCAGUUUAUUGCCAAACUGGAGAAGCAGUGCCAGUGCAGGGACUCCAGCCAGCCUUCUCUGGCGAUGACUGAACCCCCAAAAAGCCAUAAUGACCAGCGCCACAACGACAGCAUUAAAGACGUUCAGAGGGACCAGAGUGCUCCUUCGCACCAACCUCAAGAAAAAACCCACGGAGAUCCGUCCCUCCUUCCCUCUACGACCGGUCCUCCCACUGAGCUGCCUUUCGUUGGCUUCCCCGUCACUAAAUCCCCAGGGCCGUGGCGGGACUGCCAGCAUGUUCUGGAUUCAGGUGAGACCACCAGUGGGAUUUACCUGCUUCGCCUCCAGAGUGCCAACAGGCUCUUCCAGGCCUGGUGUGAGCAGAGUCAGGCUCAGGGAGGGUGGACUGUCAUUCAGAGGAGACAAGACGGGUCAGUCAACUUCUUCAGGACUUGGGAGCAGUACAAGCAAGGCUUUGGAAACCUCAAUGGCGAGUACUGGCUCGGCUUGGAACACCUCUACUGGUUGACCCAGCAGGCCAAGCACAAACUGCGGGUGGUCCUAGAGGACUGGCAGGGCCGUCAGGUGUUCGCCGAAUAUGACAGCUUCCACCUGGAGCCGGAGAGCGACUGGUACCGCCUGCGCUUGGGACAGUACCACGGCAACGCAGGAGACUCCCUGUCAUGGCACAACAACAAAGCCUUCACCACUCUGGAUCGAGACAAGGACGGCUACGCAGGCAACUGCGCCCACUACCAGAAGGGAGGCUGGUGGUAUCACGUGUGUGCACACUCCAACCUGAACGGCGUGUGGUAUCGGGGCGGACACUAUCGGAGCCGCUACCAGGAUGGGGUCUACUGGGCCGAGUUCCAUGGCGGCUCCUACUCCCUGAAAAGAGUUUCCAUGAUGAUCAAACCCAGUUAGCUGCGUCGCUGCGGGGAGGGCAGGAACUCACAGAGGAUGACACGGAAAAAAGGACGGAGGAGACGCAGAGAAAGUUACACAUGAUGAAUAAAAUGUGCCAUUGUAAAAAAUAAAACUAAAAUUUACA